AUAGCGCAAAUAUUUUAAGUAUUUAGCGGCAAUAGGACUUACAAUUUCUUCACGUGAAGAAUGCCGUUAAUUGUAAAAAUUAGUGUUGUAUUAUUAUUAGUGGUGGCCCUUGCUGAAGCCUUAACAGUACCACAACUUUGUAGUAAAAGACAUUUUGGCUAUAAACUACAAGAUCCCGAAGAUUGUCAUAGUUUUUACGUGUGUCUGGGAAAUUGGGGUGAAUUUAAUUUGAAUUGUGCUUCGGGUUAUCGUUUUAACGAAACUCUACAGAAAUGCAUAAAAGGCAAAUGUCCGCCAUGUCCCUGUUUAGGGGCUACUUAUGACAACAGUGUUAUGGAGACUACGGGUUAUAUACCUGCAGUGCCAAUAGUUUUUCUACCAAGUCUGAAUAACGAUUCACAAGCUGUUGUAGCAGUAUUAACUGAGGCUGCAUUAAAAGAAGUUUAUUUGAAACUCACUAAUGACAGUUUCGAUUCGUUAACACAACUGAACCAAUUAUGUAAUUCCUCUUAUUUGCAAAUUGGCAACAUUGUACAUAAUCUAACAGGUCACAAUUUCAAUAAUACAAAUAGUGUUAAAGCCUAUAACUCUGUUUCGGUAUCUUCUAAAGAAUCUGGAAAGAAAACUAUUAGCAAAAUUUCAAAGAGAUUACUUGGCAAAGCUACGAAAUUUGAAAUGCUUAAGAGGGAACUAAACCAACUGCGUUUGGAAAAAUCUAACAACAUAGAAGUUAGAGAAGAUACUACUGAUGCACCGAUUACAACUGAAGCUAACACGGAAUUUUUCAUGGGAAUUUCUGCAACAAAUUCUCCUAUAGAGACAACAACAGUAUCACCAGAGGAAACUACAACAGAACUACCAACAUUAAUUUCAAUUGAUGAAAUAGAUGAAGUUUCCUCAAAUUUAUUUACUGAAGCUAUGGAAGUUGUCGACUACGAUGAAGCAUUAGAGGAGACUACAACAAUGUGUCCUACAGAUUCACCAAGUGAAACCACAACUCAGUCAUCAAGUGAAACUACUACAAAUUUGCCAAUAGACAUUGCAGUAUUUUCAAAUAUUGAUUUGUUAGAAGAAACAACUACAAUUGAAACUACUACUCUGCCGUCAACUGAUAUUACCACUCAGCUGUCAAUGGGAAUGUUUGCUGAGAACGCAUUUCUAGAAGAAACAACAACUGAAACUACUACUCAACCAUCAAGUGAGAUCACCACCACUGAGUUGACUGUGAAAUUUGGAAUAUUAUCGGAUAGUGUAUUACUAAUAGAAACAACAACAGUUCUACCUAGUGAAACUACUACUCUACCAUCAAGUGAAAUCACAACUGAGUUGCCAAUGGAAAUUGGACUAUUUGCUGAGAGCAUGUUUCUCGAGGAAACAACAACAGAUCUACCAAAUGAUUCUACAACCCAAAACCCAAGAGAAACUACCACUAUACUACCAACGGAAAUCUCAACAUUACCUGUUAUGGUAAUGACAAUAGAAACCACUGAUUCAUUUAUUGAAACUACUACCCAAGCAUCAGGAGAAAAUACUACUGAAGUACCAUCAACAACUAAAUCUGUUUACGAUUUAUCUGAAUCUUUAACGGAAUUGCCCACAACCAUUAUAACUACUACUGCGGGAGAAAUACCAAAUGAUACCGCUAUAGAAACGACAACUUUACAAGCAACGACAGAGUCCAAUCCAAAAAUUGCAAGUGAAAAUAACGGAAAAUUAGAAACUACAAAAACUUCCACUGAAUCCACACAUCUAUUUCCAGAAUCUUCUACAGAAAUUUCAUACAUAACUGACCCCAGUUAUAAGACAACCGAAUCACCAAAUGAAAAUAGCACAAAAACGCCGGCUACCACCACCUUAGAAUCAGUAACUGAAACAACAUCAACUACAGAACCAAAUACAACAACAGAAUCAACGACAAUUGAAGAUACAUCCCCUGCGACUACAGUAGACACUUCACAAUCAACUACUGAAAACACACCGCUACAUUCAACUACAAUUACUGUUACGGAAACAACAACAGAAAGCUCUCCAAUAACUACUGCAACGGAAUCAGCGACAACUGAAGCUACGUCCCCCACGACUAUAGCAAACACUUUACAGCCAACAACAAAUACUGCUACGGAAUCAACAACAACUAAAAUUUCGUUCUCCACGACUACAGCAAACACUUUAGAGUCAACUACAGAAACAACACUAGUGUCAACAACAACCGCAGAAUCAACGACAGAAAACACGCAAACAACUACUGCAACAGAACCAACCACAACAAAAGCUACUACUACAGAAACGAUACCUGUUUCAUCUACAAAUACUGCAACGACUACAACAAACACUUUACAGCCAACUACCCAAACGACACCAGUAUCAACUAUAAAAACAGUUACCGAACCAACAACAACUACAUUCCCCACGACUACAGCAAACACUUCACAAUCAACUAUUGAAACUACACCAGAGUCAACAACAAAUACUGCUACAGAACCAACGACAGAAAGCACUCAAACAACUACUGCAACUGAAUCAAAUACAACAACAGCUACAACUUUUACGACUGUUACAAACACUUUACAGCCAACUAAGGAAACUACACCAGUGUCAACUAUAACAACAGCUACGGAAUCAACAACUACAGAUUCGUCCCCAACGACUACAGUAAACACCUCAGAAUCAACUACGGAAAUGACACCAGUGUCAACUACAAAAACGGCUACUGAACCAACGACAGAAAGCACGCAAACAACUACAGCAAUAGAAUCAACGACAGAAAGCAUGGAAACAACUACAGGAACAGAACCAACAACAACAUCAAGUUCAUCGGCUCCAACCACCGAAAGCAUACCAAAUACUACACAACCGUCGACAGCUACGGAUGCAACUACAAAAACGACAACAACAUCGGAAACAACAACUUUAGUUCCUACAUCAACAACUACUUGUACAUCCACUACAUCAACGACUACUUGUACAACCACUACAUCAACGACUACUUGUACAACCACUACAUCAACGACUACUUGUACAACUACUACAUCAACGACUACUUGUACAACUACAACAUCAACGACUACUUGUACAACUACAAAAUCAACGACUACUUGUACAACUACUACAUCAACGACUACUUGUACAACUACAACAUCAACUACUUCUUGUACAACUACUACAGCAACAACAACAACUACAUGUAAAACAACAACACGAACAACAAAACCACAAACCACAACAUGUAGGCAAACAACAUCUAUUAAUUUGAAAUAUUCCCAAAAUAAAAUCCAAAGCGCUUCGGAUAUAAAAUCCAUAUGUGCAGAUCACCCGGAUGGUUAUUUCGUUAAAGAUCCCAAGCAAUGUAAUAAAUAUUAUACUUGCUACAAACAGAAAGCACAUGCCCAACGUUGUCCUGGUCACUACUUAUUCGAUGAGAAAUUACAAAUGUGCAAUUAUCCUAAAGCAGUCGAUUGUCAGUCAGAGCAUAUAGAACCAGUUGUUACUAAAAAGCGCAAAAAUAAAAAGGUUACAUCGACAGUUUUAAAGAAGAAACAAUUGCCCUACCAACCGAUUGCUACUGCAACAACAAAGAAAACUAGAGAUAUCAAUUAUUUACUCAGUCUUAAGCCAGAAGAUUGCAAAACUCUAAAGAGUGGAUCUUUUGUGCGCGACAGUAAGAAUUGUAAUAAAUACUAUGUUUGCUUAAACGGUUUUGCAGUUUCUCUAUAUUGUCCUCAUGGUCAGUAUUUUGAUAUAGAGGGACUUGUUUGUAACUUUAGGGCUUUUGUGAAAAAUUGUCCACAAUAAUGUAAAUUGAGAUUUAAAUUAAAUACCUAAAUAAAUUUAAUAUUUGCAGUAAAAUAUUUUUGUACUUAAAUUUUCAAUAUGUAUUAUCGAUAGUUAACACAUUUUGAAUAUGCAGCAGCUCGAUAUUUUUGUGUUUUUUUUUUCUAACUAAUUUUUUGUUAGAUAAAAUCGAUUCUCCAUUAAGAACACAACUUCGAUUGAAGUCCUUUAAUAAACUAUUUUAAAAUCUUCUCAUUGGUUUUACUACAUGCUGUGGUUCUCAAAGAAUUCAAGCAAAAGAACAUGUGAAUCAUAUGAUUUUUUAAAAAUCUAUAUAAAAAAAUCACGUUUUUUUAAUACU